CAAGAUAUUAACUUAUAAAUGUGGUUGAUCGAGUCAACUAUAAACAAGUGCUUCACUGCUGUUGUUAUGGAUGCAUAUAUUCCAGAGAACGAUUUUAAUGAUCAAUUAACAAUGACGUCUAUGUCAAUUUCAGCACCUGAAAGUUUGAAAUAUGCAAAUAAGGAUUACUAUCCCAAAUCAUAUUUUGAAAAUAAUGAGCAAGAAAAGCAUAUGCUAUCAUGUUGUGAGAACUUCCAGAGGCAAUACUGUCAACUUUAUCCUGAUCGAAAACUUUUGUUGCUAGCACCUAAGAACGAGUUUGGAGUAGAGAAAUUUAUUUGUUCAACAAUACGUCCCACUCUUGUAAAGCAUCUAGAAAUGUACAGCUUUAUUGGUUGCUCCAGAUUUGUUGCUGAUUAUUUAACUUUUAAGCCAUUAGACUCACCUAUUAAUUUGCCUUCAGUUGUAUCAUCACCAACAACAACUUUGAAACUACAAAAAGGUACUUGUUUUGACUAUGCAAUCCUGUUGUGUUCUUUAUUGAUUGGUUCUGGCUAUGAUGCUUAUUGUGUUAGUGGAUAUGCAACUAAAGAAGUUACUUUGAUGGAUGAAUCACUGAAAGAUUGCCCAUUUUUAUUAAAAAAAGAUGAGAUAAAAGAAAUAAAUCAAAAGGAAAUUUUAAAUAAAUAUGCAGUGAAACCACCUAAAUGUCUUGUUAGUCAGUUUGAAACUCAAAUGGAAGCCAAGAGAAUUGCAAGGAUACAGGAAGAGGAUUAUAAAAGAAAGGAAGAGGAAAAGCAUAAAAUACUGUCACUGCGAAAUCCAACACAGAAAGAUAAUUUGUAUGGUUUACGUGUACAUUGUUGGGUACUGGUACUCUCUGGUAAAAGAGAAGUUCCUGAAAACUUUUUUAUUGAAACUUUAACAGGAAUAAGCAAACCUGUUGAUCAUUAUGAAUACUUAGGUAUUGAAAAUAUUUGGAACCACAGAAAUGUUUGGAUUAAUAUGCAAGAUUGCUCUGAAGGCAUUAAAAAAAUUUCAUAUGAUUUGGGUGAUCCCAUAAAGUGGGAAUUUAUGUUUCCAAACAAAGACAAACCUUUUGUUAUUUUACCUAAUUUACUAGAUGCUAAUGAAGAAGAAGAAGAUGUCUAUGAUGAUAUUGUGAACAUUCCUCCUUCAUGGGUAAGCAAAAUUGAAGUGUCUAAAAAAGAUUUUCAAACAAGCUGUUCUGGAAAGAAGACAAUCCUUUACAAAAAUGCUAAGCUUGAUAAAUUUUGUGAAUACUAUAAUAAAGAUGGACUUAUUUCAAAAAUAUCGGUCUUAGAUGAUGUUGAGGAUACUAUUGUUGAAGUACAAGAGAUUUUUAAACACAGAAAUGACAGACUUGAGAAGCGAAUUCGUAAUACAAAGACUGGUUGGAUAAAUGAUCAAUUUGCUCCAGGUCACAAUUAUGGACUAAAGGAACAUUUUUAUAAAGGAGAUCGACAUCAUAUCAUGACAUUUUAUGAAAGUUCACGGGUUGAUGGUUUAGUUAAGCGAGAACAAAAUGAAAAAGAAAUUGUAGAGUUUUUCAAAAACAGAGAUGACUAUUUAACAAUAAGGCAGGCUUAUUAUGAUGAAGACGUAAAAAAGUUCUUACCACAAGGAAAUAAUGGCAUGUCAAUAAAGAAAAUGGUUGAAAAAUAUGAUCAUCAAAGAGAUAAAAAAGAAUCCAUUGCUGAAAAAUCAUUUUUAGUUAGUGAAGAGAGAAUUAUGAUAAAAUAUCAUUUACAAGAUAAUCGAAUUACAGCUUCUUAUAGAGAGUUUAUGAAACCACCUGGUUUCUUGAUUGAAAAAUUGCAUCAAAUGAAGUUUUCAAAAGAUAUGACCAGUGCUUAUCUGGUUGAUGCUACUGAAGAACCAAUUAAAGAACUUCCAGUUUACAAUUUAUUUACUCAGUUGUUGUUAGAUGAAAAGUCUUGUGAAGAUAAAAUUCGUGAGUCAGAAGCAGAGAUGAGUAAAAUUUUAAUGGAAAGAAAGAAAGAGGAGGUUGAUGUCAAGCUAUUAGUCUCUAUAUAUGACACUGAAAGAAAUACAAAAGCAAAGUUAAGAAAAGAAAAGCAGGGAGAGAAACAACCACUAACAGAAGAUACCAAGCCAGAUUCUGAACUUGAUUAUUUAGGACCCUUUUUGACAAAAAUGGGUAAUCCAGAAUAUUUAAAACAAAGUGAUGCAUUAAAGCUUAAGGAAGAUUGUCUUAAUUAUCUAAAACAAAGACUUAUUGAUAAAGCAAAUAAAAUUCAAGAAUGUUUUGAAAAGGAGACUAGUAUUUUACAACAAAAACAAGCUGAAUUUCAAGAAAAACAGAAUAGCAUGACUAAAGAAGAAGAAGAAGAAUAUUUGAACUUUUGUAAAAAAGUUAUGUUUAAAAUACACAUUUUGGAGUUAAGAUUAAACAGGCACAAAGAAAUGGCCCCGCUUAAAUAUAUGCGAUUAGAAGAAAAGCUUCGCAGUGAUCGACGUUUAGCAAAAUUCAUAGAUUAAGUUAUUCUACGAAAAAUCUAAUCUAAUUUUCAUUAUUUUUUAGACAAUUUUACUAAUUUAUUUGUAGUAUAUCUAUACAUUAUAGAGUUAUUUUUUAAAAUAUUUAUAUUACUUGGUUUAUUA